CGCAAGUUCUUGGUGAGGUUUUUGUUGUUCUUCAUCGGAACGCAACAUUUUCCUGCUUUUAUCGACACAUAUAACGCUUUCAAAAUGAAGCUUGUGCGAUUUCUUAUGAAACUUAGUCACGAAACCGUGACAGUGGAGCUUAAGAAUGGGACCGUUAUCAAUGGCACCAUUACAGGCGUGGAUCCUGCCAUGAACACCCAUUUGAAGGCCGUCAAAAUGACACCAAAGGGGCGUGAUACUAUGCAGCUGGAAUCUCUGAGCAUUCGCGGUAACAAUAUUCGCUAUUAUAUUUUGCCUGAGACUCUGGCUUUGGACAGUCUCCUCAUCGAUGACACACCCAAGGCUAAGAUCAAGCGACGAGAAGCCAAAUUGGGACGAGGACGAGGCCGCGGGAGAGGUGGUCCCGGGUUUCGUGGACGAGGCCGCGGACGUGGCGGCAGGCGGUGAGCGUGGGAGGUCGAUUAUUUUAUUGGCGCUGCAAGUAUUUUCUCUACGCGCACGUUCUCCAUGCUGGUUGUAUCAUCGGUCGCGCGGCCUGGGCCUUCUCAAUACUAAGCAGCACACCGCUUCGGGAAGGUUUUUUAAUCAUUUGUUCGUUGUUUAGAUCCCUUGAUAGCGGGUACGUUGAUUCCUUUUAUGUUGUAAUUUCUUUGUUAACUAUUUUAAAUGAUCGUAAUUAUUUUACUGUAAUUUUCACUAGGAACUGUAUUUAGAAAAGCUUACAAAAAUCCGUGCCAGUGUUACUGGAAAUUCCAAAUUUUUCCCCUGUUGCAUCCAUUUGGUAUUGCUCCGUAACGCAACUCAGACAACGAUAAAAUUGAAUGUUUGACAGUGUAGUGUUUGGAAUGGUUGGGGAAAUUAAAUAUCGU